AUGUCCUUCUUCGAUUCCUUGCGUCAGAAAGCCGCAAAUGUGAAGUUUUUGGAUAAAUUGGCCGACAAUUUUACCCCGGUUAUGAACAGGGAUGAGAAAUUUAGGUUGGAAUACAAGCUCCCUGAGGAGGAACAUGUAUUGGACGAUACGAACGCUGAUGUGUCUAUUCUCAACCCUUACAAGAGGGCAAAACGCGCGGAGAAUUCUGAAAGAAGUGAGCUUGCCUACGUAUUCUCCGGCAGGUUGUAUUUGACGCCGCAUUAUCUUGUCUUUCGAGACUCUUUCGACAGCACAUCCUGCAACUUCACUCUGAACAUUAGUACUAUUCGAAAAGUGGAAAGGGCGCCAAUCAUGUCAUAUGCGUAUUCCCUCGCUAUCACGCUUCACUGCGGAACAAGAAUGGUUAUUCAAUUUAUAGGCCUCAGAAACCGCACAGAUCAAUUCUGUCAUAAGUUCAAAGAGCUUCUACGUGAGAACAUUCCAAACACGAAGCUAUUGGCCCCCUUUCUAGAAACAUGCUACUCCGAAUACCUGAUUGCGAGAAACGUAUUGAGGGAGAGUGAUGUUAACCCGCCUCCUGGGGGCUUGGGCCAGCGGUACCGGUAUCCCGGAGAUGCGUCAAAGGAAAAGCCAAAGUUAAAAUUAUGGCUAGAUUAUUUCCAGGACCAGGGUAAAAACUUGACGAUUGUUAAAAACCAUAUGUUUUACAAACUUAUCCGAGUGGGCGUGCCAAACAGGUUAAGAGGAGAACUGUGGGAAGUGUGCUCUGGAUCUCUAUAUUCAAGGUUUGCCAACCCAGGCGAGUAUAAAAGGCUUCUGGAAGCCAACGAAGGCAAGGACUCAAGGGCGAUCGAAGAAAUAGAGAAGGAUUUAAACAGGUCCCUACCAGAGUAUGCAGCAUAUCAAGAGAAAGAGGGCAUUCAGCGACUGAGGAAUGUCCUUACAGCCUACUCUUGGAAGAAUCCUGAUGUGGGAUACUGCCAGGCCAUGAACAUCUUGGUGGCUGCUCUCUUAAUCUUCAUGACAGAAGAACAAGCUUUCUGGUGUCUCGUUAGCAUCUGCGAUAACUACAUCCCCGGAUACUAUUCUAAAACAAUGUAUGGAACGCUGUUAGAUCAAAGGGUCUUUGAGUCCUUUGUUGAGCAAAAAAUGCCUUUGAUGUGGGAACACAUAACAAGUCACGACAUCCAGUUAUCCGUAGUGUCUUUGCCAUGGUUCCUUUCACUUUUUUUCACCUCGAUGCCAUUGCCUUACGCUUUCAGAAUAAUGGAUAUUCUUCUCGUAAACGGACCCAAGACGUUCUUCCAGGUCGCACUGGCUGUUCUUAAAAUUAACGGCGAAGACCUUCUAGAAGUUGAUGAUGAUGGCAUGUUUAUCGCGAUUUUAAAGAACUAUUUUCAGACACUUGACCACAGCGCUCACCCAGACUCAGCAGAUAUAAGAUACAGGCAAAUCACUAAGUUCCAGGAACUUUUGGUUGUUGCCUUCAAAGAGUUCAGUAUAAUCACGGAUUCGAUGGUCGACCAGCAGAGGUCAAAAUACAGAAAAGACAUUUUGCAUAACAUAGAGUCAUUUGCUAAGAGAACGCAAUUGCGUAACCUCCCACAGGUGCGAAACUUGACUCCCGAUAACCUUUCCAACAUUUAUGACUUGUUUUACCUUUGCAUUGAAAGCCACAAAAUAAGUAUGGGCACAGGAUCUUCUAACAUGGACUUUGAGGCCUUUGUUCAGUUCUUGAGUAAGUUUUGUGACUGGUGUAAACCUAGUGAAAGUGAUGAAAGGCCAAACUUUAGAAAACAGAAAAGAGCCUUUUUGAAAAGGCUGUUCACCAAGUGGGGUAGUUCUGGGUCCCAAGAGUUAACGCUAAAUGAUGUCGUGUUUGGUUUGGACGGACUUUUGUCCAAAGACCUCAUGUCUUCCAUCAACUACUUUUUCUCCCUUUUCGAUGAACAGGGGAAAGAUGAAAUUAAUGGCGAGAGCAUUUUGCAAAUAUCAGAGGCUCUACUUUUCUUGACAGAAGCCUGGAAAAGUGGUCGAUACGUGGAUAAACUGACACAGAAGUCGAUAGAAGACGAUAUUGCGGACUCUAUUGUUAUGAACAACUCUGCCAAGGGCGGCACCCUGGAGGAUAUAGAGCUACCUGCAGGCGUUACGAUUGAUGAAGAAAAAUACAAACAAGAACAAGCUGAGCGUUAUCUACAGGCGGCUAGCAAUUUCCUGCAACGCUCAUUUGAAUAUGCAAGGCCCUCGGAAGAGAAGGAAGUUGACCUUAUUGACCUUUCAGAUGACGAGACUGAAUCGAAACAAGCUAAGGAAAAGAAGUGGGAGUCUCUUAAGGCUAAUGUAGCUUUAAAUCCCAAUCAAACCUCCGUCAUGGAUCUUGCCACUUUCAGAAUGAUUAUUUUAGCAGACGAAACUUACGAGAUGUUUUUUGCUCACACCUUGCGCAACUCUAUACACGUUGAUGAGAAGAUUGGCUCUCGCGACAGCCGGGGAGGGGCACUAAGAAACAUGUUUGAUGGCUUCCUUGCCGAUGGAAAGAGAGUAGCAUCGCAGGUGCGCCGCCGCGUCGAUUCUGUUGCCACCAAGAACAGCAGCUCGUCCGGCUCUGCUGCUGAAGCAACGGACAUUCAAGAUGAAGUUGAUGACUUUACAUCUGGGCACACUUUCGAGCACGACGACUUACUCAAGCACGACUUGAUUUCUCUGGAAGACAACGAAGGCAAUGAGCCCAACCCCGAAUCUCAGCGGAAAAAACUCGAAAGCUUUUCAUUUUCUGACCCAUCCGAGACAAGGGAGCACAGCCUCAUUGAAUUUGAGGCCUAA